AUGACCUUAAGAAAAUGGCACAAUCAUUGGCCUGGAGGCAUCCCCUUCUAUAUUUGCCGACGCGGAGAACCUGUGGAAGAUAUGGCUACUGCCUCUCGUGCAUGGAGAUUCUUUGUCCGUGAGCAGUGGGUCGACGGCGCCGCUGUGAAUGAACAGAGGCGAGCUUUGAUCGAGCGAUGGGCAACAGCAGACCAGAAAUUCCGUGAUAGCUAUGAAUCCCGAGCACCAGAGGAUGAACGUGUCUUUGAAAACCCCGAAGAUGACUCAUGUCUUAUUGGACUUUCUGAUACCAGAAUUGAUCCAGUCCAUAUCUGUAUCAUACAAUGGGCCCCAGAGACACAAGCUCUGCUCGCGAAGUGUCUUAUAACACUAUUCGGAUGGGAUGGCGGAUAUGAAUAUCUAGCCUAUCAAAUGUCGAUGUAUUUCCCUAUGGAAGACAACCAAGGCGAUAUCCUCGAAAUAUUCAAAUUCCGCCAAAGUGUCGCCCGGCCCGAUUUUCUAGAUAUUUAUAUGACGGUAGAUGGAACUAUACUAUUCUCAGAGUGCGAGCCUAAACUUAUUAUUGACGACCGCACUCUUGAGACUGGAUUAUGUCUUUGGGUUCAAUUCCAGAAUAAUGGGACUAGGGAGAGGGCUUGGCGGGUUCAAAUGGUUAUAGAGGAGUUUCCUGGCCUUUUUCUUGAUGCUUAUCCUAAUAUGACCCCGCUAGACUCCGUGUUGGUAUACAUGGAAGAUUACCAGGAGGAUUCAGACCCAGAGCAUAUCUUGGAAGAUGAGCCGGUUGAUAUGCGACGGCCAUUCGUGGAAAUUUAUCCAGGAGAUAGCCAGCAACUGGAUCAGUAUGCGCCAGGCUUUCGUGAGGCAGAAGCAGGCAAUGGCUUGGCGAUUGGAUAUGAUUUGGAAAGGAUACUUGCAGAUGAUGGAGGCCCUCUAAAGAUUAUAGAAGAAUAA